CGAAAGCCAUUAGGAAAUGACCAGUUUAUGCCUUUUAUCACCACGCUCACACCACUUCGCAUUCUCCAAGCGAAUUCAUUUACAUUCCCUUCGUGUAAGCAUUGUCUUGUAAAACUUGACUCUGAAUACCAGCCAGGUUCUGUUGUCUGCCCGCGCUGUCACGCAGUGUACGCCGCUCGUGAUGCGCCGAGGAGAUAUAGACUACAGCUUCUAGCUUCUUGCCCGAAUGGGGCCGUAAGAAAACUGACCAUUUUUGGAGCUGGCCUCGAUCCGAUUUUCGGCCUUUCUGCUUCAUCCUUUGAGACAUAUCUCCAAGCACCAACCGCAGUGCCACCGCAGCUUGUUCUCUCUGCUCUACACCAUGUGCUCUGUGGCUCACGGUUAUGGGCGUCCAUACCAUCCCGAUAUACAGUCCAAAGUUGCCAAACCUCCGAAAUGGUAGAGCAAGUGCUACAGAGAGCAGACAGUGUGGAAAGCUUAGUCAAAGAGUUAAAAGGUUCUUCCACUGUGGAGAAAGUAGAGUUACGGCCAGAUACAAUCAUUAGCAAUGUCAAGCCAAUGCUCGGGCUAAAGUCGACAGUAGUAUCAAUCCUGAACAGUAGGGACUUUUACAAGGUCAAGAAGGAUGAACAUGUGGUGCCUUCACCCGCUGUCGACCUUGAAGAAACUGAAUCGUGGGAACUUAUCCCUCUUGCUCAGUGCAAUAGUCCUGCCCAAGGUGGAUUUUGGAUGGAUGAAGGUGCUCAGUUUCUAUUCGAGGAAAUUUCUUUGACUGAAUUUUUGGACGCGUCCGCCGAGGCUGGAACGCCAGCAGUGGCCAAGAGUCCUUCCGUUACCCAUAUAUCCCAUCAUACUCGAAAUGACGAAUCUCCGCUGGAUGGAGGAUUGGGAGAUAACAUUGAGGACCUCUUCCAGGAUUUGGCACUCGACGACUGGUCAGAUGAGGACUAUGUUAUCAAAUCAGAUCCUGCUGCGCCCGCUGCUCAGACUCAUGAUAAUAACCUCGGGAAUGAAAAAACAAACCACUCUGAAUGUGAGGAUGCUGAUCGUGAUGAUGAAUAUGACACCGGCGUUGAGGAACUGUUUAAGGAUUUGGUGCUCGACGAUUUGUCUGAUGAUGAUAAUGGUCUCAAGCGGGAGCAGCCGGAUUAUGCUGCUCGGACGAAUGAUACUCCACUGGGGCGUGGAAUAACAGACCACUGUGAAGGUGAACAUAUCCAUCCUGAUGAUGAAUAUGAUUCAUUGGACACGAGCUUUGACGAUGUAGAGUUGAUAGAGCUUUUAGAAAACCUCGCAUUAUCUGCUGAGGCAGGCGAACGUUAACUGGAUAUAACUCUGUUGAAUCUCUUGCGCUAUCUCGAAAAAAGCUUUCCGAACAAAAUGGUAUUAAGCUCGAGAUUCGAGAUCUAACUUUGGAA